ACUGUGCUUUGAACACCGCGGGAGCUUUGUUUGUAAUGUCUCUGUCUACUUUCUAAACGCAGUAGAAAACCGUCUAUUCUCGAUAGAUAACCAAAGUAGUCGACAACAAGUCCUGUGCUACACUGAGAAGGCUUCCUCGUUACUGGAUUGGGUAAACAGACACAUUCCAGCGUGCCCGCGGAGUACGCUUCGCUGCACUAGGAACGCGUUUUGCUGCUUAGAGAAAGAGAUCCACCUCGCCGUUUUAUUCCUGUUUCCCCGCACGGCUGGUAGAGAUGAGUUAUAGAAUCUUGAUUACCGCGUUUGUAUUUCUUCUUCUCACGGUCUAUGGAGAUGCGAAGAAAAAGAGAGCAAAUCUAACAAAGGCUCCAAAUUGUCAGCAGAUUUGUCCUACGGGUCAAGAAUGUCAAGUCCAACCAGACAAUACUGAACGGUGUGUUUGUGUGUCACAGUGCAAAAAAAGGCACAAACCUGUGUGUGGGAAGGAUGGAAUCCUGUAUGUGAACCACUGUGAACUGCACAGAUCUGCUUGUUUGACUGGCAAGAAGAUAGGCAUCGACUGGGAAAAAUCUUGCUUGAAGAAAAAGGCUAAAAUCAAGGAUUGCCAAAAGGAGAAAUUAUCCGCAACAAAACGACUCAUAUUGGAAACCUUUGAAAAAGAGAUACACAGGGAAGUGACGACAAAAAUCCUGAUUGACGAGUUGUUCUUCCGGUACGAUAAAGACAACGAUCACAGCAUCAGCGGUGAUGAGUUAAAAAGCCUCGUCACUGACUACAUCAUGUACAGCAACAUCAAGGAACUCUUGAAAAUUUGUCAUACAACACAAUGGUUGAACUCUGCGGAUAAAGAUGUGGAUGGAUUUCUCUCCGAAUAUGAAUUUUCAUGGAGUUUCGGAAGCGCACCGGAGGUUACUAUAGUCAACAACGACGAGAAACCUAUGUCAGGUUCCGAUCUCACUCUCCGAUGCCAAGUGCGUGGUUACCCAGUUCCUGUGAUCACGUGGCGAAAAGAUGAUGUAAAGAUGAACUCCAACAAUCGUGUUCUGACCAAAGAAGAUGGGGAGCUUUUUCUAAAGGGGCUCGCCCAAAUUGAUAAUGGUGUAUAUUCCUGCGAGGCCUCCAAUGACUUUGGGACGGACCGUGAGCAGGUCAAGAUCAGUGUCCGGGAGCCAAUUACAGAAGCCCCGGCCAUUCCUGGGAGUCGCAUGUUCUACGUCUUCGCAAAGGAUGGUGUUCACGUGAUCGAUCCUAAGACAGUGUCCACUGUCACUCGCAUUAGCGCUGAUGACGUCAUAAAUGGCACAUCAUCACCCAUUUGUACUAGGGCCCGAGAGAGAUCUUGUAACUGGGGUGGAGCAGUGAGUGUAAAUGAACAAUACAUCUACGCAGCGGAUUUUCCAGGGCGUAGAAUCCUUGUGCUGGAUAUUGCUGCUCAAAGAUUCGUUCAAGAAGUGCCCACCGACGACUUUCCUUACAAGUUGAAGUACUUCAGAUCCCUGGACACAGUAUGGAUCCUAAGUUGGGGAAACAGUUCACUUGAUGUGCUCACCGAAGACGAAGACGACAUCGGGACACUUUCUGUGAUAAACGAAGCUGGUAAAGUGACUGUUCACUCGUCAAUCAAGGCGCAAAUGAUCGAUGGCAUCCCCAGACCUGCGCAUGACUUCUUUGAAGCAGAGAACUGCGAGUUGAUAAACGAGGAAAGCAAGUAUGCUUAUGUCACUCACGUAAUGGAUCCAGGCAUCCAUGAAGUGGACCUGGUUACCAAGCAGUAUUCCAAGUUUUAUAAUCUUAGUGAUUACCAGUGCUACGGGACAAUCGGUUUAGUUGUAUCACAACCUUUCAAAUACGCUUUCGUCCAGUGUUACACAAAUGAGGAACGAGACGCUAAAGGACAAAUCGUGAUGGAUUUGGACGAAAGACAAAUCAAGGCGAUAAACUCGAUUAACUUUGGAACACCAUUCGUGUCUCCCGACGGGAGGUUUGUCAUAACAUUGAAUUUUAACGUGGUAUCAACGCUCUACAUUGAUCCAGCAGGGCAGAUUUACUUAUUUAAUGAAAUAGAAUCCCGUCUCCUGCUGAGCCACGUCGCCUUUAGGGCACGAGACGCAGGCUACGACGUCUACGUGACGUCAAAGGAUCAAUCGGCGAUUAUAGUGCUGCAUGUGGAUCCCAGAGGCAUAAAAAUUCUUAAGUUUAUUUCUACAGCUGAUAAACCGUCGGCAGUGAGAGACUGGAUCCGCACUGAGAGUCCUAUCGUAACUGGCUGCGAGGCUGAUGCUUGUUACCUAGCAACGCCUGCCACACGCGAGGAUGCAGUGGUAAUUUUAAACGGUGAAAAGCGGGAAAUGCAAGGAAGAGUGGAAGGGAUUAAAGAGGCCCGUACCAUCGUGUGGGUCGGCCAUGACCAGAGACAAAACGACAAAGAAGGUCUUGUUCUUGUUGACAAUAGAUCAAAACUGUAAGAGUGUGAUAUGUUAAUAGGUUUUUAGAUUUGUCCAUAGAAAAAUCGGUACAAGAAUCCAAGGUAUACCAACUUGAAAAUGACAAAGUGUGAAGUAAUUUCAUUGGCGAUCUUUAAUUGAGCAAAAACCAAUUAUAGAGGGACUUAAUGGGUUUUAAAACUGUAAGCUCUAAAAUGGCCGAACAAUUAAGCCGUUAGUGGAAAAAAUAGUAAAAAAUUAACCGUUAAAUUAAUUUUUCAAGUGACCUCAAUGGAAAGAUAGUAACCGUUAACCGUAAAUUGGCCAAAACUUCAGCCGUCACCCCAUUACGACCCUCUUUCUAGUUAUCAUUUCAAGCAAAAAAGCAAUGUAUAGAAAGGGAAAUAUCAACUAUGAAAGAUCAUUUGCUUCAACACCAUAUUUUCAGAGCUAGCUCUGUUAUUGCAAGAAAUGUAUGGCGGAGAGAUGUUUAAAUCUUUUGACUGUAAAGGUUAAUCAAUUCAAUCCUAAGCUUGCCUGUUUACAAUGCACAUGGUUUUUUUGAAGUGUUAAGGCUGAUCAUGAUUAUAGUAACUUUAAGAUUUUUGUAAGAUUUCAUUCUUUCGGAUUCAUUUUAAAUCUUCUUUAUUUUUUCGAUAACUUACAAUAAUCUUUGACGUUUUACCAUUUAGUUCAACUUACUCCUAUUCUUUAUUAAACGCUGCUGUCACCAAUAAACUAAAUAUAUUUUGUA